AUGUUGGGGGCAAACGUGAGAAAAGGUAAAGAGAAUGAUGCUAUGAAGACUAAAACAGGAGGUGGGAGAAAAACAAAGGGUUAUGAAAGUUACACCCUGAAAAAUCACUCCCUAGAUGACCAGAGCUGGCAGUACUGCAGCCGCGCACGCCGGAAGCCGCCACGGCCGCCGGUGGGACAGACUCACAGACGCGCAGAGAAGAAACCGUGGGCAGGCAGCAACUCACCAGCGGCGCCAAGGAUCCCAGCCGCUGACCCAGGGACCGGGCGCCCGGCACCGACCUCCCGAGGGCGCACGCAGUCCCUGCCCGCCACGCGCAAAUCCAAAGCGGUCGGCCGGCGCGGCGCCCGCUCACAGCAUUAUCCGCUCCGAGAUGGCGUGGAGGCGCCCAAGGCCGGGGUCUCUAGGCUCGCCCCCAGUUCGGGCCCCACGGCUGCGCUCCCCGCCCUGUCGGGCAACAGCCGGGAGGGAAGGUGCGAGCUAGACUGA